AUGAGGAAUCGUAGAAGAUCGGGACUUUUGGGAGAUUUCGUUGUUGAAGAAAGUAUUGGCGAACGAUCCGAUGAAAUCGACCAAAUUACCUCAAGCUACAAUGAAGUUAUUGACAUGGCAUUGGCUGAAUUUGAUGCACGGUUUACCGAAAAUAACGAAAUUCUGUUAGCACUGUCGGAUUCUCCAAAUAUGGAACUUGAUCAAUUGAAGCCGCUUGAAAAGCUUGGCAUAACAUUGCCGCCAGAAUAUGAAUUAAAAGCGGCCAAGAAAUACAUUGAGUUUAAAAGAAAGGAGUGGGAAGAGUCCUCUGCAAAAAAUAAGCCCCAGUUCAACGUUUUAACGGUGUUGUAUGAAAUGCGAGAAGCAUUUCCAGAAGUUUACAAAUUGUUUGCAAUUGUCGAAACUUUUGCGUGCAGUACUGCUGUCUGCGAAGCUUCAUUUUCUGCAUUGGCUCAAAUUGACAUUCCAUCUCGCCUCUCCAUGACAAAUGAACGUAUGCGAAAUUUAGCUUUCAUCGCCUUCGAGCACAAACGUUUGAACAACAUUUCUAUUGAUGACAUCAUGAAAGCGUUCAAUAACAAGAAAGGACGUAGAGUGCAAUUAUAUUAA